AUGGCUUCUGACUCUUAUGAACAGUCCUUUGCUCUAGACAGUAGAAAUGAUGAGGAUGAUAAGGACGAAAAUGGUGAUAUGAUUGUGAGAAAUGACUCAAGGAUAUCUGAUCAAGGCUUUAAUUCGAAGAGGGAAAUGGUGGCAGCUGAUGACGAUGAUGAUGAAAAUCAUGAUGAUAAGAACCAUAAGUCAGUGAUUACGCUUGGCGUCGAGAGUAAAGAUGAUGAUAAUGAUGAUGAUUAUGAGGCAAGUUACAAAGUCUACCUCGCAUCAAAGGAUCAGCUUGUCCAACAUUAUCAUAAAGCAACAGCGGAGUUUCACGAGAAGCAAGAACUAAACCUUUUACUGCAGAGGAAACUCGCCGAUCACUACAAGAGGAAGAAAGGAAGCUUUGACGACGACACUCAGCAGCAGCAGCAACAACAACAACAACAAACUACUAACAAUAUAGACGAUGACGUCAACCAAAUGGACAUUGACAAACAGUAUCUACAUAAGUUAGAUGAAUACAAGAAAAGAAUGGAUGAAUAUGCAGGAGCGAUGGAACGACAUAAAAAUGAAUUGAAUGACUACUCUGACACCUGUCGAAAAGUUACUCUGAGAGAUUUUGAAGAGUUGCUAAAAUUUGCUGAAUUCAAGAAGCAAACCUGCUCACAGUUUCUACAACAUAAGAAGGACCUCAUUAAGGAAAUAGAAAGAAAGUUGGCGAUUGAGAACGACAAAGAUAGAGAGAUCAAACAGCUGAGGUUGGAGCAUUACAAACUUCUGUACAAAGUCCUAAAAAGGAGUAAACUGGUAAAAGAUUCGGAAAGGUUGUCGGGGGGCCUUAGGAUACUGGAUUUUGAGCAGCUAAAAAUUGAGAACCAAACCUACAAAGAGAAGAUCGAAGAAAGAAAUGAGGAUUUGCAGAAGUUAAGCGACAAAAGGACAAAGUCGAUCGUCAUCUUGACGCAUUGCAAUGAAAAGAGUUUCCAUGUAGAGAAUAGUUUGAAGACUAAAACAAAUGAUCUUCACUCCAUUGAAAAAAAUAUUUCGCUGAUCAGAGACGAGUUGACGCAUCUCAAAAUAGCUAGGGAUAAUUUGAGGAAAGAAAACUCCGGACUGAAAUCCGGACUGGUUUUGUUGGAGAACAAACGUCUGAUAAGGGAUUUCCAGGGAUGCGCCGAGAAGAAUGGAUCUUUAAAUGCCGACCUGCUCGCCUUGAAAAAUCAGUACAAUGAUUUACUGGCUCGGAUGAAAACCGUUUGCUAA